AUGUCAAAAGAAGACCUACUAUGAAAAGAAGAGGACGAAGUCAGCUCAUUUGCAUCUCUCCAAAUAGAAACUAGCCCAUCAGACCCUUACUUAAAAAAUAUCACAGAACUUUUUCAUGUUUUAUCUGAAGAAGAAGAUCAAAUAACAAAAAAUCUUCCUAAUCUUAUCUCAAAGCAAGUCCAAAAACAAGAUCAAAUCGACCUCUUAGAAGCUUUUUCUCUUGAACUAAAAAUCAGAAACCAAGAAAAGCAGCAACUAUUAGAAUCUUUGAUUGACCGCGAACGAUCAAAAUCAUUAGAAAUUCACCAACUUCAAAUGCAAAUUAAGACUUUAAAAGAUGAUGUUGCUAGAAACGCGAUGAUAAGCAAAAAAAGAAAGGACAGAGUCGCCGGCUACACAAGCGCCUUAGACAUGUAUGACUGGGUUGUCGAUAUUGGACUAAUUACUGAUAUUAAUAAAAAUGGGUGGGAAGUGGAGUUUUCACAAAAUUUCUGGAAUACACUCAAAGAAGACCAAAAAAUCUUAAUCCAGCCUAUAAGCCAGUCCAUAAAAAUUGCAGAUGCACAAGAUUUUUCAAAUUCACAACCAAAAAAUGAAGAAAUUAAAAUAGAAGAAGAUUUAUUGCAAAUUUCCCCAGAAAAGGCCCAAAGUUUGCAUUCAAGUUUUGCAUUGGAAAAAUGUGAAACUAAGGCAGGCCCAGGAGCCUGAGAUGGGGCGGUUGUAGCUGUUGUAGGGCUUUAUGAUAAAGGAAAAACAUUUUUGCUAAAUAAUCUAACAGAGUCAUUUUUACCGUCAGGGAAAAAAGUCAAUACAAAAGGGCUGUCGUUUAAGCAUGUUCAUAUGGACUCAGGGACAAAACUGAUACUUUUGGAUACAGCAGGGUCUUAUUCGCCUGUUAAAGUGAUAAAUGAGUUUUCAGUUGCUGAAAAAGAAGCUACAGAACUGUUUCUUCUUGAUAUGGUUUUUGAGCUGUCUGAUUAUUUUAUAUGUGUCGUUAACGAUUUUACAUCACUUGACCAAAGAUUUCUUGACAAAAUUACUCGAAGUUUGCAAAAUUCCACUACAAAAACAUUCAGAGAAGUCAUUGUAGUCCACAACUUAAAAGACGUGGAAAAUAAAGAAGUUAUUGAUCAUAUAUGGGAAACACAAGUCACACAAAUUUAUGGGUCUGGGAGCUCAUUGAAAACUAGAGUAGCUGCAAUUUCUAGUAAAACGGGAGAUUUAGUAGAAAAAGAUGUUAAUUGAUUUAAAACGGAAUUUUCAAGGCAUGUUUGUUUGGCAAAUGCUGAUAGCGAGCUUGGAGAAGAAAAUAAUCCCUGGGUAUUUUCUUUAUUAAAAUAUUGGCUGAAAGCUGUUUUUGUCCCAGUGAAUAGGCCAAUUUCAGUGGUAGAGACUGUUCUUUCGAUUUCUAGAGUAAAAUUGACAUCUUAUUAUAAAACACCUGUAGAAGUAGACUUAAUUGAAGGGGAGCAUUAUUUGAAAAAAAUAAUUAAGUGUAGGAAUAUGGCAAGCGGAGAAAAUAUGAGGCUGCCUCAGCUGUCACAAGAUUCUAGUGGGUUUAUUAUGUCGAGACCUGAUAGUUUUCUGCCGUCAAUUGACAUUAUUGAGGAUGGGGAAUAUAAAAUUUUUAUGGAUGUUCCUGGGCUUUCUGGUGAUGAUAUUUUACUGACGAGACAAAAUGUUAUUACUGUUGUACAAGGGAGUAGGAAGAAACCUUAUAUUGAAGAUUCUGACAAAUCGAGGAUUGUCAAGCAAGAAAGGAAGUAUGGGGAUUUCGCUAUGAGUUUUAAGAUACCCGAGCAGUAUGAGAGGAAAUGGAAAAACGUGGAAAUUAAGGAUGGAAUUUUGGCUAUUUCUUAUAAAAAGGAUGAGGAUGAUAAAUAA